UCUUUCUCCGCCUGCGCUUUCCAGAGGCGGCGGUCCGGAGACUGCUCCUUCUCCUUCUCCUUCUUCCGGUCUUCCCCUUUCCCUGCACCUCACGAACCACGACAGCUGAAGCAUCUAAUCAUGGAUACAGUUGGUAGCGCGACGCCCUUCUCCCGCACCACCAACACGACCUCUUCUUCUACAACCUCGUAAGCAGGGUGGGUCGGGACAAGGGGAUAGAGAAGUUGCUAUUGAUGCCGAGAUGGCCAGGGUUAACAAGCUGCCCGCCAAUAGUUCCUACGCUAUACACCGCAUGAAGGUGCUGAACAAACUUCGCCAUCUGAUAUCUAUCAAGAGGACCACAUCCCAAGAUGAGGAGCUUGAACUCCUUUUUGCCAGCCUUUCAAUUUAAAGUCUACCUUUGACAUCUUACAUGUACUAGAUGGCGUCACUGUUUUGACAUGUGUACUCCGUAUUGAUCAGUUGUGCCUGCUUGUCCAGUAUAACAAUAGUUUUCGAGCACUUUCCUUUACCUGUUUGCAAAGUUGUUCGGGAACUUGAUGAGCUGCAGAAGAAUCCUUUAUUCUCGACCUCCAUGCAUUGUAAUCAUGUAAAAUCUUUACAUUAUAUCAUCUUUUGUGCAAAAAUUGGCCACUACUGCAUCUCUAUAUUGAAGGCCCACAGCCAGAGUCUGAACCAAUAA